AUGUUCUAUUUUUCUCAAAGUUCUUUCUUUGAGGGAAGCAUUCUUGGCAACGUACGUUACCAUGGCAACAUAAAAUCUAUUUCACUUUCACUUAUUCUAAUAAAUUCCAAAUCACUUAUCCUGCAUUAUUUCUUCCGAACGUUUCUGAUUUCUUUCUUUCUUUUCCAGUCGCUUUUCGUGGAUUUAAAACCACCGAUCUAUCUAUCUAUCUAUCUAUCUAUCUAUCUAUCUAUCUAUCUAUCUAUCUAUCUGAGUCUCUUCUUAUCUAUCCAUCUAUCUAUCCAUCAUAUCUAUCUAUCCAUCUAUCUGAGUCUCUUCUUCAUCCAUCUAUCCAUCCAUCUAUCUAUAUCCAUCUAUCUAUCUCAGUCUCUUCUUAUCCAUCCAUCCAUCUAUCUAUCUCAGUCUCUUCUUCAUCUAUCUAUCUAUCUAUCCAUCCAUCCAUCCAUCCAUCUAUCUAUCUAUGUCUCUCCAUAUCUAUCUAUCUAUCUAUCUAUCUAUCUAUCUGAGUCUCUUCUUAUCUAUCUAUCUAUCUAUCUAUCUAUUUAUCUAUCUAUCUAUCUAUCUAUCUAUCUGAGUCUCUUCAUAUCUACCUAUGUAUUUAUCUAUCUGAGUCUCUUCAUAUCUAUCUAUCUAUCUGAGUCUCUUCAUAUCUACCUAUGUAUUUAUCUAUCUGAGUCUCUUCAUAUCUAUCUAUCUAUCUAUCUGAGUCUCUUCUUAUCUAUCUAUCUGAGUCUCUUCUUAUCUAUCUAUCUAAGUCUCUUCAUAUCUAUCUAUCUCGGUCAAAAAAGAGGAGGGCCUCCUUAUCUAUCUAUCUAUCUAUCUAUCUAUCUAUCUAUCUAUCUAUCUCGAUCUGUUCGUUAUCUAUCUAUUCAUUUAUAUAUCUAUCUUUCUAAAUCUGUUCAUAUCUAUCUAUCUAUCUAUCUAUCUUGUCUGUUUGUUAUCUAUCUAUCUAUCUUAGUCUGUUCAUUAUCUAUCUAUUCAUUUAUAUAUCUUUCUAAAUUUGUUCAUAUCUAUCUAUCUCGUCUGUUUGUUAUCUAUUCAUUAUCUAUCUAUCUAUCUAUCUAUCUAUCUAUCUAUCUAUCUCGGUCUGUUUGUUAUCUAUCUAUCUAUCUAUCUAUCUAUCUAUCUAUCUAUCUAUCUAUCUCGGUCUGUUUGUUAUCUAUCUAUCUAUCUAUUUGUUCCAAUCUGUUCCAUGGGUUUUUUUUAUAUCCCUUUUACAUUUUUUCAUUUAUUUUUCCUCUUUUUCCCUUUCUAUAUCUAUUUCCUUUGCGUCGUUCCUUCCUAUUUUCAUCCAUUGCUUUUAUUGUUUCUUACCCUUUUACUCUUCGCUCCUCCUACCUUCUUGUCUCCCUAUCUCUCCCUUCAUCUCUUUAUCGCCCUCUUUACUUUAGUCUUUAUCCCUCUCAUUACAAUCUCACAUGUCCUAAAACGGCGCCUGUUUUGCUAAAUAAUCGCCAAUUUCUUAUCACCACCAUCAUCACCACUACCAUCAUCACCACCACCACCAUCACCACUAUCACAACUAUUUCAUUCCUCUUUCUUUCUUUUUCUUCAUUCUUCCUUCCUAUCUAUCUAUCUAUCUAUCUAUCUAUCUAUCUAUCUAAUACUAAUUGUUUGUGA